AACCAUAACAACAGCCCGAAAAAUCAAAAAAAGUAAAAACAUCCAAAAUUUAAACAAACUUUACUUAAAACUAAAAAAAUCAAUGUCUCAAAUCAAUGAAAAUACGCAAUACUUAAACAUAAUCCCAACGGAAAUUGUGCUUUGGAUAUUCAGCUUUUUAUCACCUAACGAGCUCGUUUUGUGUCGAGAAGUGUGCAUAAGAUGGAAACAAAUAAUUGAUAACUUAUAUCAACGCGACAAACUGUGGCGUAAAUUUUGUGUUUGUGAUUUUCCUUCUGUUUAUAAGAUUGCUCGCUAUAAGGCAGAGCCGGGUCUAAGUUGGCACAACAUAUAUCGAUCUUUGACUCUCUGGUCUAAGCUUGAGCAUGCUAAGGAGAUCCACAGUGAGUUUGCAUCAGCUUCAUCACCAAGAGAAGAAAUACUAGAUAUUCAAGUGCUUAAUAAUGGUCUUGUGGGAGUGCACACUAGAAGUGGUAUUUUUUACUACGAAAUUAUGACAAAGGAACCUUCGAAACGCAGCCCCAUAUCAGGUGGCUACUUACGAUACAUGGAAAAUGAUGAAACACUAAUAUUUUUGAGUUCCAGCUUCCAUCUAUUUAUUUUUAGGAAAGUUUUAGCAAACCCAAGACAAGAGACUACCAGUUCUUUAAGCAACAUCAAGAUGUUCAUCGCAAAUGAUAGAGCAGUUUACAUCGUUACAUUAAAUAAUGAUGUUCAUGUAUGUAGCCUUAUCGAAAGCAAACUAGAGAGUAAAUUUUUAUGUCGUUUUCCAAACGGAAUAAUGUCUUUAGGUUUUGGUGAUCAUUUAAACAUACUGACAGAUCAACGUCAUAUUUACUCUAUAAUUAACAAUGAACCUAUUUUACAAUGUAAUCUCACUGAUGUAUCAAAUUUGCUUCAUGAAUUGCGAAAAUAUAAUUUGUUAGAAGAGCUGGACUGGAGGGUGUAUUUCCAGUGGAUGUAUCUCUUGAAUCAUACUUUGCCUCAUGGACCGCUGAGAGACAUACUAAUAAUCAGAACAUAUUGUAAAGUUGUAUUUGUUGGGACAACUUGGGGUGUUUUACGAAUCUACUACAAUCCGUUUAUAAAUGAUGAAUUUGACUUAUUUAAUUCUGAUCCGAUAAAACAAUAUAAUUUUAUGGAACGUUCCGACUGUCCUGUACUGACAAUAAGCCCAAUCAUUCAAAUUGACGUAAUCGAAGUUGAGGAAGGGCAUAUGGUGUUAGUUGCAAUGCCAAAAAAAGUUGCAGUCUUGCAUUUCAGUCACAUUUCCAAAGAAGCAGCAGCGAAUACAAUCAUAGCAUAUAACGAUGUGCAGAACAUUAAUGUUGUGACGAUGUUUGAUUAACAACUAAUAGUCUUCCAUUAUACAUAAAAAACUUCCAAACAACAUAUAAUUUAUAUUCUUAAUACGAGUGUUUAUGAUGAGAAUACUCUCAAUAAUCAAGUUAAUCAAUAGAUGUU